AAAAGAGGUUAUAACCUGCUCUUAUAACCACGUGAACACUUCAUGGUUGCCAACAUCAAUAAAUUUGAAUUUUUUCCUUUCAUUCUAAACGGUCGUUUCAUGAUGGUGUCACCAAAAUAAUUAAACACAUUUUUAAAAACGAACGAAAGUUCGCUCAUUCUUGUUCACGAAUUGCGCUUUUGUUGUAACCAGGCUUUUGCGGGAAAAGAAUGUUUCAUUGAGUGACUGUGAUUGAUUUAUUCUCACAUUGAAUUUGUCAUUUUCUCUUUGGUCAUCUAAUCAAGGAAAACAAAUGGAAUCUGAUCAAGAAAUUUACAGUGAUGAUGAAGCUGAUCAUCAAUCUGUUUCGAGUAAUAAUGGUGAAGGUAUAAAUAGAAACGGAAAUGAUGUGGAAGAACAAGAUAACGAAGGAAAUGAUACAGAAAAAAUUGACCCAGCUCCUAAGAAGAAACGUGUGAUUAGAGCACCUGUGCCGAAGUUAAACAUUGAAAGAUUAAAAGGCCCAAAGGGAAUACACACGAUAGAGGAAUAUUUCAAAGGAUUUAAAACUUAUGGUAAAGGCCAUGAAGGAACUGAUUUAGAUCGAAUUAUGAAGAGAUUGGAACAUUGGGCACAUAGGCUGUUUCCCAAGUAUCGGUUUGAUGAUUUUAUUGAGAAAAUGGAAACAUUGGGAACUAAGAAAGAUCUUCAUGUAUAUUUAAAAAAAUACAGAUUAAAUAUGAUAUCAUUUGAUGAUGCAAUCAUAAGCGAUAAGGACGAAGAUGAAAAUAAUAUAGAACAGGAUGAAUCUAUUCCUUUGGAUGCUUUUGAUCUGUUACUUGAAGAGCAAAUUCGUCUAAAAAGAAAUGACACAAAUUCUGAAAGACCUAAUACUACUGCUGCAAGUAAAAGUUUACAUGAUGAUAUAUCACCCGUAAAAAGUAUCAGCUCAAAUGUUUCAGUUUUAGUAGCAGAAUCAUCUAGUGAAAGUAUUUCAUUAGAUAAUGCAAUUAAGGAAAAAAUAGAAAGAAAUAGGCAAUUAGCAAUUAAAAAAAAACUCGCAAGACAAAAAGCUCGAGAAGAGGAAAAUAUGAAAAAGAUGGAAGAGGCAAAUUCCUUACAACCUACUCAUGCUUCUUCAAACGUUAUAAUUCAUGAUAAAGAGGAUAAUGAUCAGAAGCCUGACACAAUAAAUGCAUCAAUAAUAUCAAAUCAUGAUUCCUUGAAUAUGCAUGAAAAUUCUGUUCAAUCCCCUGAUCACUCAUUUCAGCGAUCUAGAGAACAAAAUAAUACAGAAAAUAACGUACAAUUAUUAAAAGGCAGUUCAUCAUCUAUUGAUGCCAAUGUUGUAUUUCCCCAAGCAAGUAACGUUUCAAAUCUACAGCAACCAGAACUAAGUAACAAUAUGGUAAAUGAUUUAGAACCUAUGGAACAUGAUUCAAUUGAAAAUCACAUUUUUUCAAAUGCAUAGAUUAAAGAUUUAUUGAAUUUAAUAAUGUUAACUGUUAAAAGAAAGGUAACUACCAGGAUGAUGGAACUAUAAAUAAACUAUAGCUUAAGGACUUUGAACUGUAAUAUAUAUCAUAUAAUAAACACAUAAACCCAAGAA